AUGAACAUUGAAGGUCAUGUCAGAAACUUUGAAACAUAUAAACUACCAGCAAUGUUAGAUAAAAAAGCAGAUAAAGAACAUACACAUAACUCCUUCUCAACUGUUGCUAUAGAAAGUAUUGAAGGAACGGUUGAAGGAACUGGUGGGGAGGGCGGAGCCCCGCCGCACGCGGCUGCUUUAUAUUAUAAACCUCCUAACUUUCCACAAGGUUUAACAUCGAAUGAAAACAUAACAACGAAGAAAGAAAUUAGCUGUAAAAAUGUUUAUGUCAUGGAUGAUGAAAAUAAUGUUAAAUUCACUGCUCAAGAUUUAUAUGAUAAUAAAGCUGACAAGAACCAUACACAUAAAUCCUUCACUACUGUUAGAGCAGACGACAUAAUAUUGAACUAUACCCUUGGUUCAAGUGCACCAUUAGAAAAUCCAAGUACAAGCGUAAAAGAUACUCUUAACAAUUUAGAUAACAGUUGCAGGAAUAUCGAAGAUCAUGCCAGAAACUUUGAAGCAUAUCAACUACCAACAAU